AUGGAAAUACAGUCGCAGGCGUCUUCCGCCACCCAGGAUCUGGAGCAGAGGCCACUCUGUGAUCCAAAUGACCUUCGCACCAGUUUUGCCUUGGCAAUGUCAGCCAUGUACAGAACGGAAGUGCCUUUAUACGGAGAACUUAUCAGUAUCGUCCGUAAAGUCAACCAGAAAGUUGCUGAAGACCAAGAAAUACAUCUUCCUGAACGACUCGAUCUGGAGAGACAUGGCGCGAUCCGACUGGGGACCCCUACCGAGCUGCACACCGUACGUCGCGUCUUCGCUCUUAUCGGGCUGUAUCCCGUUGAUUACUACGACUUAUCGGUUGCGGGAUUGCCGAUGCACGCCACAGCCUUCCGCCCUAUCGAUCCUGUGGCCUUGAGCAAAAACCCUUUUCGUGUCUUUACAACACUGUUGAGACCAGAGCUGUUGGAUAGUGAACCGAAAGAAAUCGCACUGGAUCUUCUUGACAAGCGCAGGAUCUUCAGCGAGGAGCUUUUGCAGCUCACGACGCUCGGUGAAGAACAGGGUGGACUAUGGCCCAAUCAGGGAACGAGAUUCAUCACUGAAGCCCUGCGGACUUUCCAAUGGCGUUCUCUCGCAGCGACGACGUACGAAGACUAUCACGUUCUGGCUCAAGAACACCCGAUUUUAGCCGACAUUGCAUGUUUUAACAGCGCACACAUCAAUCAUCUGACUCCGCGCACCUUAGAUAUAGAUAUGACCGAGAAGCAAAUGAAAGAUGAAGGCCUCGCAAUUAAAUCAAGGAUUGAAGGACCACCUACCCGUCAAAAUCCGAUCCUGCUGCGCCAGACGAGUUUCUUAGCUUUGGAGGAACAGAUCCGCUUCCCAGUGAAAGAUUCUAUUAACAUCACCAUCGGUCAUCACCGAGCACGUUUUGGUGAGAUUGAACAGCGUGGUGCCGCUGUCACUAUAAAAGGCCGUCAGUUGUACGACCGAGUCUUGGACAAAGCGUUGACAUUGGUAGCAGCCCAGGGCGAAAGUCCCGAUGGCAAAAUUUACGAGCAGAUAUUCCAAGAAUAUCCAGACGAUUGGGAGACACUUGUGAGACAAGGUCUGAUCUAUUGUGAGUUUCACUGCACCGAUAAAGCGAGCAAUUGGAUCCCGUCAUUUUCCGCAGAACCCGUGCCGCUGAUGACCUUGCUCAAUGCCGGCAUUAUCAAGGCAACACCAAUCACAUACGAAGACUUCUUGCCAUUCUCAGCUGCAGGAAUAUUUCAGUCAAACCUCCAGUCAACUACCGCGAACUUCGAACAUUACCCUAUCCAUGGAAUUUGUGAGGAUAAAGAAGGCUUGAUAGCGGCGUUGGGUUGUCCGAUUUUGGAGUCACAAAGCCUCUACGCCAACAUCCAGGCUCAAAGUCUAGCAAACUGCGCCCAAACGUUGGCAAUCCAAGAGAUUAGUAUAAAUCUUUAG